ACCUCCAAAAAAUUUAUCCCACCAAGCCUUUACUCUCAAAUGUCUGCCCCCUAUCCCCCUUCCAAAAAAAAUUGGUAGGAAACUGCACCUAACCCGCGCACCCACCAUUCCCUACCCUCAUUAAGCGCGGAAUCAUAAAUAAUGUAGAAAUAAAUAGUAAUGUUAUUAUCAUAAAUACCUUCUAAAUACAUUUUGAAAUAUACGUGGACUAUCCUUUCAAAAGCAAUAUUUAUUGAAGUAUUUUUUGACGAUUUUGGGGAAAUCUGGUCCAUAGUUAGAUCCGGAGCUUGACUCAAGAAAUUUAUACAAAAAUAGUAAUUCUUUGGAAGAAUUUUGGGCUCAGAAAAUAUGCAAAGUAGGAUAGGAAUAUUGAGGAAAAACAAUACAAAUUAAAAAAAUAUUACAACCAUCUUUCAUAUAAUCUCUAUUCACUAUGUCAAAAAUUUUAUAUUUUAUUCGAAGAGCACAGUAUAAAAAUAGAGUCCCUGUCAUCUAGACGCAUCAAUCUUGUUAAUAUAACAAAAUCAAAUUUAUGAUUGGGCUAAAAUGUUUUUAUAUACAGGUAAUGUUAUUAAAUUACCACCUGAGAGAAUUUGUCAUGCUGUAGCUUGGAGUUUUACUGCUAAAUAUUUUUUAGUUAUAUAUUCAAUAAAUGAGAAAUUUUAUAUCUCAAUUUACACUGAUAAUAGAUCAUUAUUACAAAAUAAAGAGCUUAAUUCUUCAGAAAAUUUAACUAUAACAAAAUGGUUUAAUGACGAUUCUAUAAUAACAGGAUGGGACAAUGGAGAAAUUAUUGUGAUUUACUUGUUUAAUAAUGAGAUAUUGAUAUAUAAAUUAAAAGAACAUAAUUCAAUUAUUACCUCAAUAUUUUGUUUUAAGGAUUUAUUAUAUAGUGGAGAUAAUAAUGGGAAUUUGGUUGAAUGGAUAAAAAAGGAUAAAUAUAGUUUUAAAAAGAAAAUUGAUUUAAAGAAAAAUAUAUUAAAUAUUUUAUCAUUGGCUGCAAAAUUUUGGAUAAUUAGACAAAAUAUUUUUAACUUGUAUAUAAUUCUUAAAGACUCGAUAGUGGUUAUUAAAGAACAAUUGAUAGUUUUUAGUGUACCUUUUAAUGGAAUCCAUAAAACAUCAAUAAGUUUAAAUUCUUAUUUAUGUCUGGCAACUGAUCAAGAAUUUGUUUUGUAUAAUGUUGAUCACACAAUUUCAAAACUCUUUCAUUUUAGUAUUAAUCAGAGUCCAAGCAUUUAUAGUCUGAUUCCAGUUUGUCUCCAAACAAUUGUGAUUGUUUCAGGAUCUAAUUAUAUUGAAUUUUUGGAUUUGCAAUUUUUCAAUAAGACCUAUCUACACUUACCUAAUGAUUUGAUUAAAAAGGAUGAUAAAAUCGUAUCAGCAGAUCAUGUCAAAAGAGGAAGUUUAUUAACCUGCGGUACCAUACAGGGUAACGUGUUGCUAUGGCAAUUGGCUUACGCGAAGGCGGAUCCGAGCCAGGUAACAUGGGAAUUGAUUUACCGAACAACCUUACAGUCGAUCAUUAAAAAUAUCCAGUCUUCUAAAUCCGUGGAGCUAAAUGGAAAUCAACUCUUAAUAAUGAUGCCUAGAAAAGUGGUUAUGCUCGAGCAAACGAUGAUUCCCACCGUGUUCAAGGGUCAGGUGGCGAUUAGUUAUUCGAGUUAUCACCCAUCAUCCCUGUUUUAUCAAACGCUCUCUAAAGAUAAAAAAUUUUCAGACAAGGAUGAGUUUACUCACCGCUUACGCCAUAUCAAAGGUUUCCAAUAUGACGGCGACUCAGUUCUAGUCAUAUGGGACGCUUCCCAAUUUUAUUUCUACCGAUUCGAAAUUCAAGCUAAAACAUUCCAACUUUUAACCUCCAUCGCCUACCCUUCCAAAAACUUAUUAGCAGUAAAAUGUGUAAUCUACCAAAAUUUAAUGUUUGUAAUGUUUCGAGAAAUAUCGCGCAACAAUACCAAUCACGUGUUUUACCUUUCGACCAAUUACGUCGAUUCGAUUCACAUGGAAUCUCAGGAAGAGGAAAAAGGAUUGGAAUGGUUUACAUUAGGUCACGGAGUUCAAGGGUUUGAUCUCCAUUUUGAUACGCUAUCCACGUACGAUUCCAAAAACUUAAUUAAAUGCUACAAACUUAAAUCCAAAAACAAGGCCCCUUUUUCAAAAAUAUUGCUCGAUAAAAUUUUGCUCUGUCCCGAUUUUCAGAAAACUUUUUCGCAAUUCGCGGAGAGCGAAUGGCGAUUGGCCGAAGUGAAAAACAACGUGGAUUCUAGAUUUUUCAGCUUGAUCUUCGAAACGAUUGCAUUAAGAGACGUCGGGGCUACAAAAUACAACACCCUCAUUAUAUGGCAAGUCGAAAGCGACCUCAUUUUCCCGUUAGACAUCAGUAAUAUUUUCGAGCAAACUGGCCUCAUAUUCAAUUUCGACGAGAAAAGCCUGAUUAAAAAUCUCGGAACGUCGUAUUAUGUAACAGGUCAUCAUUGGGAUGCUAAAUUUCCGAGUUUAUUUGGACUAAUAUUCUGCGCUAGUAACGAAUCCAUGCUGCCAAGGCAAUUCUUUGCAAAGAUUAUUACCAGUUCUACGGCCUCCGUUAAUUUGAUGGAGAUGGGCAGCUUAUCCUCGAAUCCCUGGUUUGAUCCUGUCGUUCGUAUGGAAUUCCCUUUUGUUUACUGCCUUAAAAAUAGCGAAUUGAUUCAGGACAAGGAAGUGUAUCAGACAGAUGACGAUAUCAUAGAAAUAAAAACUUUUAACACCAUUUUAGAUAUCCAUUUGACGCAUUCAGAAAUUUUGAUUGAUAGUAAAUUUGAUACUGAUAACGAAAAAAAACCAAACUUAAUCACUUACAAUCACCCGCUAAUUUACGACAAGUUGGAAAGCGUAGAUUGGGCCUAUCUGUUCAAGGGAAUAACUUGCGUUGUUUUAGAAGAAUGGAAAUUAUUAUAUGGUUGGCUUUAUGCAUGCAAAGAGAAUUCGUUUUAUGGGCACUUGGCUAAAUUUUGUCUACACUACGGAUAUUUAAAGAUGGCAGCUAUGUGCUUGAGAAAAUACAUGACUCUAGAAGGAUAUCGCAGUUUCGAGUUUUUCACGCAAAAUCUUAUAAAUAAAUUACCUCCUGACUCGCCGAACUACGAUGAUAUGGAACCUAUGAAAAUCGCCAUAUAUUUUGCCUUUCUCGGAUAUCGAGACGACGCCAUCGACAUUUUAAAAGAACUCAUAAAAUCUCGGAACAAGGGCGCUCUUUAUUUGUACGGUCUAUGGGCUCAUUCUUUACCCUCCAAUGAUUCAUUAAAUAUCAUCGAAAAAUCCACUAAAGAUGGGGUACCUCUGAGCGACAUUAUUAGACCUACGAUUGAUGAUAAAAUUCGCGAGACCCAUUUUAGUUCCCUAACCUUGGGGAAUUUUAAUUAUAACUUAGCUCGAACCGCCAAGAUUAAUCUCGUUUAUUCGUCGGAAAAUGAAUCACUGAUCGGAGAUAUGCGGGCUCUAAUGCGGCACCACGUGCCUGAGCCUGAUGACGUAUCGACAAACAGUGACUAUCAUAUUUCGAAUUUCGUAAGGUUCGUGUUGACCAAAUGUGGUCAUAACGUUGGCGCCAAAGAAAUCUGCUCAUUUUUACCUACGCUCUUACGCCAAAAUAAUAUCCUCACCAUUGAUGAGGGUACUUCGGAAAAAUUUAAUUGCGUUCAAAAUUUAAUGGCGAACGUUUCUAUCGACGAAAACGAUUGCGACGAAAACGAAUAUCGUGUUCUGAAGACUAACCAAAAUAGCCUAAACGAAUGGGUCGCUCAAUACCUAGAAUCCCAGGGGUUAUACGAUCUUGCUCUCGGCUAUUACGAAAAAAUAGAGGACGUUUUGUCAAUCGUUAAAAUGUUUUGCAAAAUGGGUCGGUUGGAUAAGGCUGUAAUAUUAGCCCAAAAAUACGAGAACGAGGCCGCAUUUUUUUACCUGGGUCAAAAAUGCGAGGCAAAGGGUGACAUGCUAUCCGCCAUCAAAUUUUUUACCUUCGCCGAUGCUUAUUCCAUAGCCUUUAAAUUGUGCAAAGCCUAUAAUAUGGAAGAAAGGUUGUUCGAAUUGGCCCAAGACUUUCCUCUCGUUCAUAAAUUAGAAAUAGCAAAGUAUUUCGAAAGGAAAGAGGGUUACGGAUCGAAAGCCGAAACAUUGUACAAAUCGAUUGGAAAUCGAGAAAAGGCGCUCGAAAUGGCAGUUAAAACGUCCAACAUUGAUACCCUGAAUCAGAUGAUGGAUGCUAUUGACCCGAAUACCGAUCGCAAGUUAGUCCAGAGCGUGAUAGAUAUAUUCGUUAGCCAUAAUCAAAUCGAGAAGUCAAUACGCAUCUACCUUAAAAUCGGAGAGGAAUCCCAAGCGAUUCAACUGUGCGUCGAUAAGUUACCGAAUUUCGUGAACCAACUCACCGAUCUCCUCAUGAUUCGAACCACGGAAGGUGAAAACUUGAUCAACCGUUUCCGGGAAUUAGAAAGAGAUACCAAAUCUUUUACUAAAUUAGCGCUUUGCGCUACAAAAACUGGGAAUCAUCAAACGGCUUGCAAAAUUUACAAUUCUAUUUUGGGCGAUAAAAUUGAAGCUAUGAAAUGCCUGAUAAAAUCUGGAGAUAUCCCUCAGAUUUUGCUCUUUUCUAGAUUGGCGAAACGUCCCCAAAUCUAUAUAAUGGCAGCCAAUUACUUACAAACUACGGAUAAUUGGCAAACGCAACCCGAAAUUUUCAAAACUAUCGUCGAAAAUUAUACCAAAGCUAAGGCUUAUGUUCAACUCGUCACAUUUUUCGAAUCCUAUGCUCAAGAUAAGAUAGAUAAAAAUGAUUAUUCUCAAGCGCUAACCAUAUUACUUCAAGCCUUGAAAUUCGUGCCUAAAGUCAAAGAGUUUGAUUCUAAUCAAGAAGAUAAUUCUACCAAAGAAACCCACGAGUCUAGACUUAGAAGGGAGAUCGAACUUUCGAGAAAUUUUAUGAGAGCUCAAAAAUGCUUAAUGGAUAACGAUCCCAAUUUGCUAAAAAUUUGCCAAGAGCUUCUGGAGACAUUCGGCGCCAAUGACAGAAUUAAAGGAGACCUACGUGUUGCUAUAAAAAAACAAGAAAUAUUUAAAUUGAUGCUCUUAUAUCAUGUUAAAAACGAGGAGCUUGACAAAGCCAAGUCGAUAUUCGAUGAGAUGAAAAUUUUUUGCAAUAAAAAUGGGAUAGACAUGAAAUUAUUGUUGGAAAAUGAUAUGAUCAUAAAAUUCGAACAUUUGAAAUAAUUUUUUUAUAUUUUUAAUAUGAAAUUAUUAUACAUUUUUCACUAAACGAUGAAAAAUUUUCGAUUA